CCCAGCCGGCAGCGGUGGCACCGGCGUCGACCCCCUGGCCCGGCAGCCCCAGCAGCCCGGGCGGGGCGGCCCGCCUAUUUAGGGCGCGGCCGCCGGCGAAGCGGCUGAGGCUGCGUUUAUGGCCGCGCUGGGGGACGAGGUGCUGGAUGCUCACAUGUAUCCGGCCUGCGCCCCCUACUCGUGCCCGUACCCCUACCCGCCCGCCCCCAAGGGCAAGGGCGCUGCGACGCGAGAGGCUUGGCGGCCCCGCGGCGGAGGCUACCCUCCCACCGCCCCGGCCUCGUCGUCCUUCCCGGGCUACGGGCAGCUCACCGCCGCCGAGUACUUCGAGACCUACCAGCGAGCGCAACUCAUGGCCCUGCUGUCUCAGAUGAGCCCGGGCCUGGGCCCGCCGCCCCGCAGGCCCAGCAGCCGCGACGUGGCGGUGCAGGUGAACCCGCGCCGCGACGCCUCGGUGCAGUGCUCGCUCGGGCGGCGCACGCUGGCUCGCCGGGCCCGCGACCCCGGGUCCCCGACCUCCCCGCAGCCGGCCCGCCGCGCGCCCGAGGCGGCCAGCUCCCCGCGGCCGGUGCGCUUCCCGCGCACCGUCGCCGUGUACUCGUCCGUGGUCUCCCGCCGCCUCGCCGCCUUCCUGGAGGAGGCUGAGGCGGCGGUGGACGGCGAGCAGAGGCCCGGGGCGCGGGAGGGAGAGCGAGGGCCGCCAGCCGCCAGACCCCCCCAGGGCCCCGAGGAGGGCGAGGCGUCGGCGCCGGAGCAGUCUCGGUCUCCUGGAUCGGACGAGGAGGUGGAGGAGGGAGACCCAGAGGAAGAGAAGGACGAGGCCCAGGCCGCGCUGCGGGCGAGCUGGGAGCAGCCGGCCGACCGGGACUCGCCCAGGCUGCCGCCGCGAGAGACCCGUGGAGGCGAGGCCGUUCUGAGCAGCCCAGAGGAGCAGCCGCUGGCGGCCCAAUCCGACGGCGGCGACCGAGGCGACGCGACCAUGGGCACUCGCGAGGAGCCGGGCAAGGAGCGCCUGCGCUUCCAGUUCUUAGAACAGAAAUACGGUUAUUACCACUGCAAGGACUGUAACAUCCGGUGGGAGAGUGCCUACGUGUGGUGUGUCCAGGGCACCAACAAGGUUUACUUCAAACAGUUCUGCAGAACAUGUCAGAAGUCUUACAAUCCUUACCGCGUGGAGGAUAUCACGUGCCAGAGUUGUAAACGCACUAGAUGCUCCUGCCCAGUGAAGGUUCGCCACGUGGACCCUAAACGGCCCCAUCGGCAAGAUCUGUGUGGGCGAUGCAAAGGCAAGCGCCUGUCCUGCGACAGCACGUUCAGCUUCAAGUACAUCAUCUGAGCAGAUGUAGAGGAGGGCCUGGCCGCCAAGCAGCCCUGGGAGCUGUGCCCCAGCCCCUUCUCCUCCCACAACAGUCGUGAGAGGCAGUGUGUGUUGACAGAGCCUCAGAAUAAAGGCCAUACUGGGGCAGUGACUGAGCAGUUCUCAUUCUCAGGCCGCCAGGGGCACUCCUACUGUGGCUUUGGUGCCUUGUCUUCAGGGAAAGAAGCAACAAAUCCUAAACUGAAGGUAGGCUGUGGGUUACACCACAAUGUUUCAGUGAAGAAAAAAAACUCUUCCUUUGCUGUCAUUUUACUACUUCAGGACAACCAAUUUAGUGCC